AUGCUCCCUCCCAAAUCACACACAUCCCAAUCCACCGAAAACCUCCUCCUCAAGUGCCAAAAAGAAACUCACAAAAAAUGCCUCCCCCCAGAAUGGUCCAUCCACCCCCCCAACAAGGAAAUCCUUCCUCCGCCAGAAACCCUAGCCCUAGCCAUCCAGAUCGAAUCCUCGUCCCCAAACCGCGUCAAUUUCUUCGAGGCCGACUCCAACCGCCCCGUCGGGUCCAUCGGCGCCGAAUACCGCGGCUCCAUCGUCGUCGUGCCGUGGCGGCCCGGGCUCAAGUUUGUCUGCGUCGCAACGUGCCGCCGGAGAAGCGGCUGCCGCGUCGGGGUCGUGAGGGAGGCUAAAGGGAUUAUUAGAGCAGCGAGGAUGAGCAAGGACGCUGCUGUGGUUGCUGAUGCCGUUGCCGCGCAAAAUGCUGGUGUCGUCAAAAACACUAGCAGUAACAGUUGCCUUGACGUCCAUAAUAACCGUCAUAGUACGACUGUCUCUUCUGCUAAUGGUGGCAGUUCGACAAGGAGUCGUAUUCCCACUCUUAAAGGGCAACGCAUGAGUAUCAAGAGAUGUGAAAAUAGCAGACACGUGAGCGUCAACGCUUCCAAGAUCAAUGGGAAGAAAUCAAGAAUUCCAACGAGGCGAGCAGCAGUAGAACAAAGCUGUUAG